AUGCCUCCCCGCACUCGAUCGGCAGCACUUGCCGAGCCGAGCCUUCAUGCAUCGGGAUCCGAGUACCAAGAGAGUGAUGCGUCUAUGGAAGUUGACGACGAGCAGCCACCGGAAGAGGAGGAGGAACCCUCGGUAGAGUUCACGAUAUCCAGAGGAGGACGAAAGAUCAUGAAGAAGUCGUAUGUGGAAUCCGCAAGCGAGGACGAUCAUCUGGCAGACGAUCCGCCGCCCUCUCCCGCCAAGCAGGAGGAUGGUGCCGACGCCGGGUUGGCAGAUGAGGACGACGAGGAUGGAGGAGGACGUUAUGCACUACGGAAUCGAAGUCGGGCCAAGUCGGGCGGUCUAAACGGGUUCAUCAUCAGUGAUGACGAGGGGGAAACUAGUAUUGGUGGCCGAUAUGAAACACGGAGCCGAAGCAAGCGAGCAGGUUCUGCGAAUGAGCUCAACGGAAACGGCAAGAGUGGCCGUAUCACGCGUCUGUCGUCAUCACGGCCACAAAACUCCUCGUCACGCACGACACGGUCUCGAGCAAGCAGCCGUAGGACACGACAACAUGGACGCACGCAACACGACGAGGAAGGCUAUGUCGACGAGCCAUCUUCUGGCUCGGUUGAUGCGGAAGGGUCCCUUGACGAGGCGCUGCAGACGUCCCCCGAGCCGGAGCUUGACGAUGCAGAUGCAGAGGGCGAGCUUGAUGCUGACGGUGAGGGAGAGCAUGGACCUGAACAAGACGGCCGGCCAUACGCGCUUCGCCAACGAGCUAAGAUCAACUAUGCGAUACCGCCUCCUCUCGAGGAGAUGCGUCCGCCGCCUAAACCCCGGUCGGGAGGCGGCAGAAUAAAUGGGCGCAACGUUUUCGGCAAAAGCAAGGUUCCUGGCUGGAGCGCGACCGGGGCGGAACUGAGCAGGUGGAUGGGUGCGGGCGGCGACGAUUCGGACUCGGAUUACCCUACUCGCACACCGAGAAAGCCGUUUGGGGCUGGAGCGAUGGACGGAGGUGGCGUCUUUGCAGGAGGAGCGGGAGGUUUACUUCCGAGUGACCUUGCUGCCGCUGCCGGCACACCUUCGAACUUAGGAAAAGUUGGUGACACAAUCCUCGCGGACGCUGACCCGCUAGGCGUCAACCAGAACGUCACAUUCGACGAGGUAGGAGGACUAGACGACCACAUCAAUUCGCUAAAGGAGAUGACGCUGUUGCCUCUCCUCUAUCCAGAAGUUUUUCAGAGGUUCGACCUUACUCCCCCACGUGGAGUCCUCUUCCAUGGGCCCCCAGGUACGGGCAAGACACUCCUUGCACGCGCUCUGGCCGCUAGCUGCCGUUCCGACGGCAGGAGCAUAUCAUUCUUCAUGCGUAAAGGAGCCGAUUGUCUCUCGAAGUGGGUGGGAGAGGCCGAACGGCAGCUCCGCCUCCUGUUCGAGGAGGCCCGUAACCAGCAGCCCAGCAUCAUUUUCUUCGACGAGAUCGACGGUCUGGCGCCGGUGCGCUCGUCCAAGCAAGACCAGAUCCACGCAUCGAUUGUAUCCACAUUAUUGGCGCUGAUGGACGGCAUGGACGGCCGUGGACAAGUGAUUGUCAUCGGAGCGACGAAUCGGCCAGAUGCGAUCGACCCUGCGCUGCGUCGGCCGGGGAGGUUCGAUAGGGAGUUUUACUUUCCACUUCCGAACCUGGAGGCGAGAGAACGAAUUUUGACAAUUAUUACGAGGAAGUGGGCUAGUUGGGAGGGUGACACUGGUGGGGAGAACGUGAAGGGUUUGGCGAAGCUUACCAAAGGCUAUGGUGGCGCUGAUCUCCGAGCUCUUUGUACGGAAGCUGCAUUGAAUGCAGUUCAGCGCCGGUAUCCUCAGAUUUAUAAAUCGGAACAGCGCUUGCUAUUAAAUCCAGAAGCAAUCACGGUUGAGCUGCGAGAUUUCAUGAUCGCCAUAACGAAGCUUGUACCGUCAUCGGCUCGAUCAGUGUCGUCAGCAGCGUCAUCGCUUCCGGCUCAACUCAUCCCACUACUACACGACGGCCUAGACAAGGUGAAAGACGCCAUUGCGAAAGUUCUGCCGGUCAAUAAGAAGCGAACUGUGCUCGAGGAGGCGGAAUGGGAGGACGAGAGCACUGAAGGCGCCCUCGAACGGGAGCUCCUGAUGCAAUCUAUGGAAACACUCCGUGUGUAUCGCCCUCGGGUUGUGCUGCACGGUCCUGUCGGGAUGGGCCAGGGUUACGUCGCCGCUGCGGUGCUGCACCAUCUGGAAGGGUACAAUGUGCAAAGCCUUGACCUGGGCACUUUACUGAGCGACUCGACAAGGACACCAGAAGCUGCAAUUGUGCAGCUAUUUGUCGAGGCGAAGCGGCAUCAGCCGUCGGUAAUUUACAUUCCUUCGCUAUUGAGCUGGUGCACAGCUGUCUCUGAGACAUCACGGACGACUGUUCGCUCUAUGCUCGACACGCUGUCACCGAAUGAUCCUGUGCUCCUCCUCGCCGUUGUUGAUGGUCCUUUCACCUCGCUCCCUCGAGACGUCCGGGAAUGGUUCGGGCCGAUGCGAGAGAAUCGCGUAGAGCUCAGGACUCCAAAUGCAUCCCAGAGAGAACAAUUUUUCGAGGGCGUCUUCAAAGAAGUUCAGCGGCCGCCUAACCGCUUCCCCGACGGAGUCAAGCGGAAGAAGCGCGUACUGGAGGAGUUGCCGAUUGCCCCUCCAUUGCAGCCACGUCAGCCUACCGCUGCUGAGCUCGCUGUUCAGGAAGCAAAUGAUCAGCGUAUGAUUGCCUUGCUUAAGUACCGUCUAGGGCCCAUCUUGCAAGAGUUGAAGCGCAAGUUCAAGCGAUUCACGAAGAGUGUUGUUGAGGAGUAUCAUUACGACUUCGAUGCAUCCAAAGAAGUCGAAAUCGUCACAAACGUCGAAGUUCGUACGAAUGGCAACGGCAUUGUCCAGGUCACAGAAGAGCAGCACACCGAAGAGAUUGUGAACGACCAGUCUCAGGCUGUGCAGGUGAAUGGAUACGUCAAUCAAGCGCAAGCGCAAGUACUCCUUCCCGAGCCGCCAUUGUUCAAUAUGGAUCUGGAGCGGAUUCAUAUCGAGCUGUAUCGAGACAAAUACUUGACUCCCGAUGACUUCUUGGAUGAUAUCCGCAAGAUCGUGCAUAAUGCAGAUGUGCGCAUACAGGAGGAUCCCGAUCGACUGCUGAGGGCGCAAGCCAUGCUGAACGCGGCGGAAGUCAGCAUAAAUGACUUCGACCCUCAGUUCCGGAUAGAGUGUCAGCGCAUGGCCGUGCGCGAGCAUAAACGCCGAGAAGAGUACAGGAAGAGCAAGGAGAAGGAGAAGGAGAAAUUGGCCGAGGCUAGUGGCUCUUCUGCGCAGGUCUAUGCGCCAGGAACCCGACGCAGUGCUCGUCACAAUGGACAGCAGCCGGAAAUACCGAUCACCGAUCCGCUGAAGCUGGAAAGGAGACUGAAGAGACAGAGGUCUACUUCUGGAGCCGCGACACCAUCCGAGGAUGAGAAUGCUGACAGAUCUCAGAAGCGAUCUCGAGUGGCUGGCGCUGGAGCGGACGGUGACCCGGAGGGAUUGGAUAUCGUUGGCCGGUCCUCUUCGCUUGAACGGCUUGGUGCAGUACGCUUCGCAGAGCAGGUAGAGGGGCAUGCUACGCCGUCCCCCCCACCGCCUGGCAUCAACGGAGUCCAAGGACAAGCGUCAGUUUUCAACGAGCAACCUCUGAAUGGUCAGCCUGCUCUGCUGAAUUUGUUGCCGCAAGUCCCUGCCCAGUCUGAUGGUGUUGUUGCUGCUGUUGACGUCAAACACAACCCGUUCCUUUCUCAUAACGUGCCUCCACAAGAGAUCCUGCCCAUUAACGAAUCUCAGCAACUGACACCAUCGCCCGAACCUGAGCCCGCAAAUGCCCAUCUCCCGACGAUUGCACUGACUCCAUCUGAGGUUAUGCAUGAAGAAUCCCAGAUUCAGGCGGAGGUGGAGCGCGAACCGACGCCGUUGCCGGACUUUCAUCUUGAUGAAGGUCUAUUACAAGAACUGAAACAAGUCUUCGCACAGCAGACGGGGCUACUCAAUGUCGAGCAGUUGGAACAACUCCGAGCGACGUGCCUUGGCUGCAUCUGGAGGCAUCGAAGUGAAUGGGACCGGACACCGCUCCUGCAUGAACUGCUUGACAUCGCGCAUAGUCUCUUGGAGGAGAUAAUGGUAGAUGAUUUGGAUGAUUCCUCGUCUCCAGGACCAUAG